CAUAACGGUAAUACAGGAAAAUCGUAAAUUGAGGCAUAAGAAUCACAAAAAAUCAAGGUUAAUAAAAAGGAAGGGAAUAUAAAGAACUAUUAGCGUGGAAGAGAAUGGAUGAAGAGCAUCGCAAGGUCAUACUCAUCAUCCGCAGUAGCAGCAACUCUGGGUUUUCUCUCCUUCGCCCGUAAAACCCAUCUCUCCUUAUUGGCGGCAGCUAGGGUUUCUGCCAGUCUCAACUUCGCCAGCUUUUCCACUUCCUCUGCGGCAGCCAUGCCUGGGGAAGACCCGAAACAAGAGCCCCAGUGGCCGGCGGCGAAAGUCAGGGGCACUUUCUUGAAAUUCUUUGAGGAAAAACGCCACAAGAACUGGCCGUCCAGUCCAGUCGUCCCCGUGAACGACCCAACUCUCCUCUUCGCCAAUGCUGGCAUGAAUCAGUUUAAACCCAUCUUCUUGGGGACUGCUGAUCCUAAUACCGACUUGAGCAAGCUAAAACGCGCUUGUAAUACCCAGAAGUGUAUCCGCGCCGGAGGCAAGCAUAAUGAUCUUGACGAUGUGGGGAAGGACACAUACCACCAUACAUUCUUUGAGAUGUUGGGGAAUUGGUCAUUCGGUGAUUAUUUUAAGAAAGAGGCUAUUGAAUGGGCUUGGGAGCUCCUAACCAAGGUGUAUGGACUGCCCGAGGAUCGUAUUUAUGCUACUUAUUUUGGGGGCGAUGAUAAAGCUGGUCUUGCUCCUGAUAAUGAAGCAAGAGACAUGUGGCUCAAAUUGUUGCCACCUGGACGAGUGCUGCCAUUUGGUUGCAAGGACAAUUUUUGGGAGAUGGGUGAUACUGGUCCAUGUGGUCCUUGUACAGAAAUACAUUUUGAUAGGAUUGGUAAUCGGGAUGCAUCAUCAUUGGUGAACAAUGACGAUCCUACAUGCAUUGAGAUAUGGAACCUUGUGUUUAUUCAGUUCAACAGGGAAAGUGAUGGCACCUUAAAACCUCUACCCUCUAAGCAUGUUGAUACCGGAAUGGGUUUCGAGAGGCUUACUUCAAUUCUCCAAAACAAGAUGAGCAAUUAUGAUACUGAUGUUUUUAUGCCCAUCUUUGAUGCCAUUCAGCAGGAAAUACAAGUUGAUGAGAUAUACCUGCAGGCAACAGGGGCUCGACCUUACUCUGGAAAAGUUGGGGCUGAGGAUGUGGAUGGAGUUGAUAUGGCUUACAGGGUUGUUGCUGACCACAUCAGAACUCUCUCUUUUGCCAUUGCUGAUGGUUCUUGUCCAGGUAAUGAGGGACGUGAAUAUGUUCUUAGGCGCAUUCUUCGUCGUGCUGUUCGCUAUGGAAGUGAGAAGCUUAAAGCCCGAGAAGGGUUUUUUAACGGGCUUGUAAAUGUUGUUGUAAGAGUGAUGGGUGAUGUUUUUCAAGAGCUUAAAGAAAAGGAGCAACAUAUCAGGGAAAUAAUAACGGAAGAGGAAGCAAGUUUUGGGAGAACAUUGCUCAAGGGAAUUGAGAGAUUUAAAAAGGAUGCUAAGGAGGUUGAGGAUGCUCAGGGAAAAGUAAUCAGUGGGCAGGCAAGUACUUAUAUGCGAAACUUUAUUGCUCUAAUGAGAUCUCUAAGAACUUGUAUUCAGCAAAUGCUCUAUAUACAGAUGAAAUUUUCAUUCUGGCUUGAUGUGCUAAGAAAAGCAUUUGUUUUGUGGGACACUUAUGGCUUCCCGCUAGAUUUGACUCAGUUGAUGGCAGAAGAAAGGAAAUUGGGAGUUGAUGUUGAAGGUUUCAAUAAAGCCAUGGAUGAAGCUAGAGAAAGAUCAAGAAGUGCCCAAACUAAGCAAGCUGGUGGUGCUAUUGUCAUGGAUGCUGAUGCUACAUCUAUAUUGCACAAGAAGGGUGUUUCUGCCACAGAUGAUUCCUACAAAUAUAUUUGGUUCCAGGAUCACGAGUCUUCGAUUAAAGCCAUCUACACAGGUUCUGAGUUCUUGGAAAGUGUCACUCUUGGCAAUGAAGUUGGCAUAGUUCUCCAAUCUACUAGUUUCUAUGCUGAACAAGGUGGUCAGAUUUUUGACACUGGGUUACUUGAGGGCUCAUUUGGUUCCUGUGAGGUUCGCAAUGUCCAAAUAUUCGGAGGAUUUAUCCUUCAUAUUGGUUCCCUCACUGGAGGCACAGGAAAAUUCUCAGUCGGCGAGAAGGUUGUCUGUAAGGUUGAUUAUGAGAGACGGAAAAUCAUCGCACCCAACCAUACUUGUACACACAUGUUGAACUUUGCUCUUAGAGAGGUCCUUGGUGAUCACAUUGACCAGAAGGGAUCUAUUGUCCUCCCUGAAAAGUUAAGAUUCGACUUCAGUCAUGGAAAACCAGUGGAUGCUGAGGCUUUAAGAAAAAUUGAGGCAAUUGUGAAUGAACAAAUUAAGGCUGAGUUAGGUGUAUAUGCUAAGGAAGUGAGCCUGGCUGAUGCUAAGCAGAUUAAUGGACUGCGAGCUGUUUUCGGUGAAGUGUAUCCUGAUCCUGUUAGGGUGGUUGCAAUCGGUCGCAACGUUGAAGAACUUGUGGCUAACCCAGAUAACAAUGAAUGGCUGUCACUUUCAACAGAGCUCUGUGGAGGUUUUAAAUCUUGUCUUCACGGUUCUAGUUCUUCAUCUACUUCUAGGUUUCGUGUGACUUACACUUGUAGAAAAUAUUUGACAGGAACGCAUAUUACAAACACAAAGGAAGCUAAAGCUUUUGCUCUUCUGUCCGAGGAGGGAAUUGCAAAAGGGAUUAGACGGAUAACUGCAGUUACAACCGACAGUGCUUUUAAAGCAUUGGAAUUAGCAUGCUCGCUUGAGCAAGAAGUUGAGGAAGCAUCCAAAGAAGAUGGCAGUGCACUGGAAAAGAAAGUCGCAUCUCUGAAGAGUCGUGUGGACGCAGCAACUAUUCCUGCAGCCAAGAAAGCUGAUCUUAGGUCCAAGAUAUCUGUGCUUCAGAACCAAGUGAGAAAGCUACAGAAGAAGAUUGCUGAAGAAAACACACAGAAGGCUGUGCAGGUUGCAACGGAGAUUGCUGAAACUGCUGCAUCAGAAGGCAAAUCAUUUUGCAUCUUGAGAGUCGAUGUAGGUUUGGAUGCAGCUGCAGUUCGUGAGGCCGUGUUAAAAGUCCUGGAUCGGAAGGGAAUCUCAAUCAUGGUUAUCAGCAUUGAUGAAAGCACAAACAAAGCGGUGGUGUGCGCUGGAGUGCCAGAUAAGUCGAACAAGGUGAAGCAGUUGGAGGUUUCUGAAUGGUUGAGCAAUGCCUUGGGUCCUCUGAAUGGAAAGUGUGGAAGAGGAAAAGAUGGUGUUGCCACCGGCCAGGGAAAAGAUGCGUCGAACGUGGAUGAGGCCAUGGAUGUGGCAUCGAAGUUUGCUGAUCUAAAGUUGCGAUGAUGAUGAUGAUGAUGAUGAUAUGGAGCGUGGAACGUUUGACAGUUACAUAGAACCUUAAACGAAUGAACAAAACAAUGGAAAUCGUGUUAGCAGUUUGGCUUGAAUCUGUUUGUUUUUCCUGUUUUCUACUUUUCUCACUGUAGUACCUUUUAUUUUCAACUACUAGGAAGGCACAAGUUUAUAUAACUUUGGUGCAUUACUUGAAUUGAUCUACUUGCAAAUUUCCUGGGAAACAAGCUAGGGGUGGCCACGUUGUUGGUUAAUCUGCACUUUGACAUUUAUCCAUCGUAGAUGGAUAAUUGAUGUCGGUGGUGGGUGGAUUGAUAAAUCUCUUAUAUAUAUGUAUUUAAUCGGGUGGGUGGUGGGUGGAUCGCAGGUCACUUGAAUGGCAUGUACGUAUUUACCUUAUUUUUAUACGUAUAAAAUUUAUUUAUGGUUUAUAAUAUCAAAUAUUUGCUAUGCA